GGGCGGACGAAUUCUCGUCGUGUGUUUUUCUUUUCGGUCGCAAAUCAGUCCGCAAAUUUGUUCCUUACCAUCCUUUUAACAAAGUGACUGGUGCUUUAGUAACUACAAGAAACAGGUUAACAAAGUAGUAUCCUUAGAACAAACGCCUCGUCCCGAGAGCGGAAGUGUUACGGAACAGAACAACGACGACCGUGAAGUGCAAGUCGCCCCAAAACAGGGGUAGUGGGGUAGUGACUCAUCUUUUGUGUGUUUUAUCUAGUGUAUGCAUGAGAUUCCGCAGGAAUUUCGGUGCUACAACGUUCAAUUAGACGCUCGCAAGUGAAAGAACGCGACGUCCCGUAUUUCCGGACCACGGGUCUCCAGAUUGCGUGUGCAUAAUCAGUGCUGCGGGCGGAACGGUGCGACGGAGAGCCACCAACGUUCAAGCUCCGAAAAUAGAAACCCACCCAACUCUCCAGCAGUAGCCAAGCAGAGCAGUACAGUAAGAUGAGUUACGCGUCAUUCGAGAACAGCGGGGCCGCACCCGGUGGCCAAUCGAACAUCACCAGCGAGGCGGACUUCCAGCGGACGGCCCAGAUCGUGGUGUCGAGCAUUCAGAAGAUCCUUCAAAAUGUUUCCUCCAUGCAACGAAAGGUCAAUCAGUUCGGCACGGCGCAGGAUUCACCGGAACUGAAACAACAGCUUCACCAAAUACGAUCGUAUACCCAGCAGCUGAUUACGGACACCACCAGCCAACUGAACGAUCUGGCCAACUGCAAGGAGCGGCAUCUGAAGAUACAGUGCGAUCGGUUGGUGGACGAGUUCACUGCCGCCCUCACGGCAUUCCAGGCCGUCCAGCGCAAAACGGUCGAUCUGGAGAAGAAUGCCGUUCGGCAGGCACGGCAAGCGAGCGGUGCGAUCCUCAACAAACCGGCCCCUCGAUCCAACCAAUCCAGUACGAACAAUACGGCAAACAGUAACACGAGCACGGGCUCGAUGUUCGAGGAUAACUUCAUCACUGGAUCACGGGGUCAAACGCAGCAGCAGCUGCAGGAGGAAAUCGAUCUGCAGGCGCUAGAAGAUCAGGAGCGUACGAUCCGAGAGCUAGAGGAAAACAUCGUGAGCGUGAACGAGAUCUACAAGAAGCUCGGUGCACUCGUGUACGAACAGAGUCAUCAGGUGGAUUCGAUCGAGGCGUCCGUGGAACAGACGAGCGUGUUCGUCUCGGAAGGUGUGCAACAGCUGAAACAGGCGAGCCAUUAUCAGAACAAAGCGCGCAAGAAGAAGCUCAUCCUGGCACUGAUAGCGGCGGCAAUACUAGCAUUCAUAAUUCUCAUUAUUAUACUGAAACACUAAGUAAGCGGAGCUGAUUGGUGUGAGAUAGAAGAAGAGAGCGUGAGAGAGAGAUCCGUGAGCCUCCUAGUUUAUCACCUUGGUGGUAACUGGAAAAAGCAUUCCAACAUCAAAAUCCAAACUGUUGCAGCACCAUCACCCUUAAUUUGAUCACGGAUUCCACUGAUCAUGGUCUUUACUAACUGGCUAGUGGCACCGAGCAGUGUCGCACGACCACGGUGUCCAUUUUGUGUCCCGUUAAUCAAUCACUGCUGCACGAAAUCUCUCUCACCUGCUGAGCCGUCCGAAGGGCAGUUUUCAUCUUUACUCUCUCUACCUUUCGCUGUAGCUUCUAAAAAAUCAGAUGCUGUAAGUGGACGAAGGAUAUUAUAUUUAGUUUGUAAACUGAUAAGCAAAUACCAUUUGGAGCUGAGAAUCGCAGAGAAAGUAAGGGCGUAACACUCCGCAUCAUCCGCAGUGAAUGAAUGAAUGAAUGGCCGUUGAUGGUGGGGCUACCAGUACCAGCAGCAACCACAGCAUGGAUAUCUCGCCUGUGAUACGGAUAGCGAGGAAGAGAAUCGAAUAGAGAUCGAAAGCAAUGGGAAGCGAUUGUUUUAAGCAAACAAAUCCCGUGUGGAUUGCCCUCUUGCUUUGUGUUGUACUUGGUAGCACGAUACUUAGUUCGAUAGACAGCAGCAGCAGCAACAGCAGCAACAGUAGGAGAGCAACACGAUGGGAAAAAAUCAAGAAAAAAAGGAUACACUUGUAAGAGGAUAAGAUAGGAGGCAUCUAGGAGAUGUAGGAGUAGAGUGGAUGUUUCAUAGUAAAAAAUACAUUAUAUAACGUCGGUAUUUCUGCGAACGCAGCGAAGAUGCAGAUGAAUAACAAUAAAUUAUUUAGUCACCGAA